AUGUCGGCACGCCAUUUUCGCAAAGUGUAUGGGGGUAAUGAGCUGCCACCUCCAGAGGGUGAUUCUGAUGAGGAAUUUGUGCCGCAUUACGCUAAACGUACUGGCUCAGCGUUUGCUGUCGAGGGGUUUGCAAUCUCAGAUGGAGAAUCAGAGCAAGAUCAAUAUGAACAAAAAGAUGAAUCAUUAGAUGAAGCUGCUGCUUACCCAGUUGAAGAUUUAAACAAAAAGAAAAAGAAGAAAAAGUCAAAGAAGGCAGACACUCGAACUGGAAAUAGUUUCAAAGAUGCAGUUGAAGAGAUGGAUGAAGUUGAAAAAUGUGUCUUAGAGGUGAAUGCAAUGUUGGGUACUCCAGAGCCUGCUGCUGCACCAGAAGAUGAGACAUUGCCUCUUUCCGUAACUACUUUUUCAGUCCAGAAAAAAUACUUGGACCCUGCCAAAGAAAUAAAGCGUAUGUUUGGACCUACCCCAGGAGAAAACCGCAGACGCAGGCCCACUCCCGAAAAGCUGGUCUUAUUGAAGAAGGCUGUCCUUGUGCAUAUGGAAGAUAUGCCUUUAAAUUUUAAGAGACUCGCAAUUUCAAUGUCGAUACAUCAUCGUGACAACAAUGUAACGUACUUUACAUUCGACCACAGUCGUCAGUACCAGCGCAUGCGUAAGGAAUCCUUGCUCACCUUGGAACAGAGAAUGCAGCAAGUGAUUCUAACUGCUCAAGAUGCUCAAAGAAACUUACAUGUUGAGGAACUUAUCGAGAACGCGGAUUGUCUUUUCAUGUUGGAGGAUUACAACGCGGCAAACACUCUCGUUGAGCAAGCUGUAGCUUGCUUCCAGUAUGUUGCUCAUCCAAAGUUCAACCUUGCGAAUCCUGAUACCCGUCUGGAAUACAAAUUCUUAGAAAAUCGAGCAUUCCACGUAGCAUUACUAAAGUACUUAUAUCUGUUAUCUAAUAAAGCUUGCCAUCGCACUGCAUUGGAAAUAUGUAAAGUUAUGCUCCAGUUGGACCCGCUUGACCCUUUGGCUGUCUUACUCAUCAUUGACACCCUGGCAAUAAGAGCCAGGGAAUACCAGUGGCUUAUUGACGCUACAACAGUUUGGUCUGACGCCCGCCACGUUGAGUACAUGUUCAAUUUCAAGUAUUCCAAUGCCAUGGCACAUUUCCACUUGGCAUACAAGAAUAAGGAGGAUUUGUCUGUAGCGGAUGGCCUUCUUAAGGAUGCGCUGAGCGCUUUCCCGAUGGUAUUCGUGAAAUUCGUCGAGUGCGGUGGCUCCUCCAUUACCGAUGCUGUUAAAAAUCAUGCCCUUUUCACUACCAUAGCUGAAAAAACGACGGCACAUAAAGUUAAAGAUUUAAUAACCGUGUACGCCAAUCUCUGUUGGUCGUGGUGGCGCGAGCCGCCUGUGCUCGCCUGGCUCAUCAGGAACGCCAAAGAACUUACUGCUGAAUAUGAUCGCAACCCUGAGUUGCAGGCUCACGUAAAUGAAAUGGGUACUGUCGGGCGCGCUUUAUUCCAAACCUUGCCCGGAAAGGUGCUCCGACAUCUGCAAGUUAUCAAGCCCAUGGCCAGCCUCCUUAUGGAUGGGACGUUGCCGCAAUUACCAAGCAUUGAGAACCCCACGAAUCCAAGUCCAUCGGUGAAGUGUGUCGAUCGCUACGGCUACAUCUCCCCGCCCUCCAGGGUCAAUCCCGACAAUUUACGCUCUCCUUUAUAUAACCUCUUCAGUUCGAUGGCGCCAGGCUACAACUUUAACUUACGCGCGGAAGUGGACGAUUUCAUUUUCGUAUUACACCCAGAGUACGUGCCGGAACCUGGUGUUAAUGACGAUUACGAUGAUACAAGUCCAUUUCCUAUUGAUCCUAAUACCAUAAGGAAUCCAACAUGUCGCUCGUUCGAGGCGGCCGUCGUCAACGCUGUCAGGAGAAUGGUGCAGCGCAACCCAGAAGCAUUUAAUAUUCCAGGCCAAAGUCAAGGCGAUGCUAAUGGACGGAGCACUGAUGAAACCCACCAAAAUAGAAGUGGUCAUGCUUCACAGGAUGAUAAUCCAGAAAGCGGAAACUAAAUUUGUACUCUUUUUGAACUUAAAUAACAUAUAUUGUAUUUGG